AUGAGGCAGGUCCGUGUUCGCCGGGGCCUCCUCGUGGAGCCCGCGCGGCGGAGCUGCAGUGUGCUGCCACCUUACAGAUGUGCACUGCAGGGUCUGUCAUCAACCGUGUGCACAGAGCUUCAGAUUUGGGACACGGCUGGCCAGGAGAGGUUCCGCACAAUCACGCAGAGUUACUACCGCAGUGCCAACGGAGCCAUCCUCGCAUAUGACAUUACCAAGAGGAGCUCCUUCCUUUCCGUGCCUCACUGGAUCGAGGAUGUGCGGAAGUAUGCAGGCUCCAACAUUGUGCAGCUGCUGAUCGGGAACAAGUCGGACCUCGAGGAGCUCCGGGAGGUGCCGCUGGCCGAGGCGCAGAGCCUGGCCGAGCACUACGACAUCUUGUGUGCCAUCGAGACGUCGGCCAAGGACUCGAGCAAUGUGGAGGAGGCUUUCCUCCGGGUGGCCACGGAGCUCAUCGUGCGGCACGGCGGCCACAUGUUCAGCGAGAAGAACACCGACCACAUCCAGCUGAACACCAAGGACGUCUCAGAGAGCUGGGGCUGUGGGUGCUGACCGGGGCACCCAGGCCGGGCCUCUCCACCUCUGUCUCUGGGUGCCAGUGGUUCCCGAGGGGUCAGAGAGGCCCUCCUUGCUGGUGGGAAAGCGGGACACCUUCUGCAGGGGCUGCUAGGCUGGGGGCCUGGCCUCGUGGUCUUCACAUUCCAGACCUCCACUGUCUGGGUGGGCAGGCAGCAGGGGAAGGCUGUGAAGUGCCCUUCCUAGGGAUGUGGGCCUCGGGUCACUCCGGGGCCCCUGUGUGUAACAGCAGAGAGGCAGAGCUAUUCGGCAAGCAGGCCCACAGUCUGCCUUGUUGGUUCCCGCCCCAGAGCAGCCUCACCUCUCAGCUGAGGAGACUUCUUCCUUUCUCCACUGCCAGCUCACAGUCUGCAGACACCGUAGGCCUUGGCUUGCUGCCUUAGAUACCACCUCCCGUGUGCUCUGGUGUCCAUCGGCACCACGUGUGGGGUCACAGCCACAGUCAGUGGGGACUGUCUCUUGGCUCAGACCCAGAGCUUGCCACUCAGGUUGCAAAACCAGUCCAUGCUUUAGCGCUGGCUCCAGGGGGCAGGGUGGGAUGUGAAAGGGACAAUUGAGGUUUGAGAGGGACCCUCGGGCCACCCAGUCCCACCCCAGGUGCCAACAUUCUUCUUGCUUUGACCGCAAGCGCCAGCUCCCUCACUGGUCCUAGCAUAGCUUUGUCAUCCCCUUCACCUGAACAGAGGCGGAACCCUGGCUGUGCUGGGAUGGCCAUUUUUCACCCUGGCCCCCAGCUACCUCACCUGAGCCCGGGGCGGGGGGUUCUGGCCGUGCUGGAGGGGCUGUCUCCUCUGCACUUAACACGUUCCCAGGUGCCCAGGGCCCGCACAGCUCUGCCCCUGCUUCUGUCCACCAUUUUCUGGUCCUCCUUGAGUGACCUCUGCCCAAGCCAACUCGGCCUCCCUGCCCCUGCACCCCUCCCUCCCUCCCCGUGUUACAGCCCUCCCUUUGACUCAUGUCAUUUCAACUCACUGCCGUUGCGUCCCUGGGGACUCACAGUGGCCCUGUGCAGCAGAUCUGCCUCUGCGGGUCCCGAGGCUAUCAGAAAGCCUCCUCUUUCUCUCUGGUGCCCGCUGCUGGCCGUGCAGUUGGCAGCCCGGCUCGUUAGAACCCCACAAAUGGCCCAGAUGGACACACUGAGGGCACCUGCUCCGCCCUGGGCUCACUCUCUGCCCACAGGCUCUAGCCAGCAGGAGUGCUUUCCCGUACUCCUUAGCCUAGAGGUGUCCCCUGAGGUCUGGACUGAAGCCACUUCCCAAAGGCUUUAGCGGAGCACUCUUUCUUGCCCUCCCUCCCACCUCAGACACAAGCCAGGUUAAGAAGGGGUUUAGGCCCCUGAGGGGGUUGACUGAGUGUGAGGAGGUAGCUGGCUUCUGUAGUUCCCCUUGGGGGGACUCACCAUCUAAGAGGGACCUCCAGACCUUGGGAAAUGGGGAAGUAGGUGAGACAACACAACCAGCCCGCUUCCUUCUCCGUGGCAGGCUUGGCUUUCUCCCAGGCAACCUGGAGCUUCAGGGGCAAGGGAGCAGUGUAAUAUCUUCCUUUGUUUAUAAACUGAGCAGGAGCUGGGGGUUGGUGGGGAGUGGGAGAGAAGGCUGGGGGCAAGGGCAGGGAGGCUGGGAGGUGCCCCUGUAGCCACCAGGACUGUGGAAGGAAGGCCACCUGAGGCCUGGAUAGGGCUUCAAGAUCAGAAUGGAGAUUGGGGCAGAGCAGGGACUUGAAGUGUAGACUCCUUAAAGUGUUGUAUUCUGGGAGGUUCCCAACCAGCAAGGUGGAUUUUCUGUCCUCCCAGAAAGGGAUUUGGACUCCCAAGAAGUGGGCCCCAGCAGAUGGAACUGGAGGAAGCUCCUAAUUCAUAUUGAAUUCAGUUACUGUUCCUCAAGAGGGCCGCCAGGCUUGGCCCCCUCCAGCCUGAGCCCCUGCCCCUGCCCCUGCCAGGCCUGGAAUGUUGCGGUGGGGAAGCAGGUCAGCUUGCCCAAGGAUGCGAUUUGCAUUUGGGAAUUUUUCAUGUUACCUAUUUAUGAAUCUUUAUAACAAAUCUAUUUUUUAAAACAUGGGAAAGUUGCCUUUUUGGAAAAUUCGCAGAGCCAGAGUGUACACAUUCAAACCCCAUUAAACAGAUUUCUGUAAUAAACCAA